ACAAGAAAGUUACUACUUGUACUAAAAAGCCCGCUGAAGUACCAGAAAAAGUAGCUACUACUACUUGCACUCAUGAAAAAGAAAAAGAAGAAAUCUGUACUUCUUGUUUAGCAAAAAACAAGCCCUCUGAAGUAGAAGAAGCUGAAACUAAGAAAACUACUUGCACUAAGCCCGUUGCAGAAGUAGAACAUGAAGUCCACCAUCACUACCACAAGAAGCACCACAAGAAACAUCACAAGAAGCAUCACAAGACCUGCACCAAGAAGCAUGUUAAAGUAGAAAUUGAAAAAGAAAAGAAAACUUGCACUAAGAAACCAGCUGUUACUACCUGCACUAAGAAACCAGCUGAAGUAGAAAUUGAAAAAGAAAAGAAAACUUGCACCAAGAAGCCCGUUGUUACUACCUGCACCAAGAAACCAGCUGAAGUAGAAAUUGAAAAAAAAGAAGUUGAAAAGGAAAUCGUGAAGAAAUCUACCUGUACUAAAAAGGCUGAAGAAGUAGAGGUAAAGAAAUCGAAAAAACAUUUCAAGAAGAAGCAUCACAAGACCUGCACCAAGAAGCAUGUUAAAGUAGAAAUUGAAAAAGAAGUAAAGAAAACCUGCACUAAGAAGCCCGCUGUUACUACCUGCACUAAGAAACCAGUUGAAGUAGAAAUUGAAAAAGUAAAGAAAACUUGCACCAAGAAGCCCGUUGUUACCUGCACCAAGAAACCAGUUGAAGUAGAAAUUGAAAAAGUAAAGAAAACUUGCACCAAGAAGCCCGUUGUUACCUGCACCAAGAAACCAGUUGAAGUAGAAAUUGAAAAAAAAGAAGUUGAAAAUGAGGAAGAGACACCCGAAAAAGAAAAAGUAUCAAAGAAGAAAUUCGUAAAGAAAUACAGAAAGGUUCCUCGCUACAAAACCAUUGAAAGUUUCGAAGUAGAGAAAUAUACUACUUGUGUUCCAAAAGUUGUAGCAAAGACAGUCCCACACUACGAAGUAAAGAAAUAUUACGUUAAAGAAGCUUAUAACGUAAAAUCACACAAGGAAUAUCCUGAAGAAAAGAAAUCGAGUAUUAUCAAGAGAAAUACUAUCCCAAACCUUGCACCACCACCACCACCUCUUCGACCCCUUGCCACACCACCACAUCUACGACCUCUUGCACCACCUCUACACCUCCCCCGAAACCAACAUGCACCAAA